UCCUGCAAGUCUCCCUCCAUUCCGUCUCUACCUCCUUUCCUGAAGGUCAUUUUUUCAUAUCUUUAAUCUUUCUUUUUACAAUUUCUCGACUUGAGUUCAGUCGAUUUUUAUCAAUUCUUUCUUUGGGUUUCUCGUUACGAUAGUCUUGUUCAUUGAGGUUUUGUUUAAUAGCUUUCAAGGGUUCUCUUCCAAUUUGUUCAAUUGGUUUUUACACCCAACAUCCAAUUGCUUUCUGAGUUGGUGGUUGGUGAAAGAAGCCUCAUUGUUCGAUGUUUUUGGCGUCAGAAUCAUACGCCCUUUUGUAGAAUAAAGAUACGAGGUUUUAGUAUUUUUAUCGUCUGUGAGUAGUAUUAAGUAGUAAUAGAAUCAGAUGGGAAAUAACUGUGUGGGAUCGAGAUCUUGUCCCAAUUACGGACUCCUCCAAUCGAUUUCGACUUCUGUUUGGUGGUCUAGAACGUCGGACUGCAUUGUUUCUAACAAAGGAAUAACCAGUGGAUCCUCCUCUGUGCAUAACGAAUCAGAAUUCCAUUUCCCUGUUGUACAGAACAAGCCCCCGGCAACGGUGAAGAUGGUCAAUGGAGAUACUAAAUUGGCAGAGCCGCUAAGUCAUGAAGAGGAGAGUAAAUUAUCAAAACCCGAAAACCGGGAGGAAAAUACUAAUAAAACAGGGGAACCAAUGAGGCACGAGAAAGAGAGUACGAAACCUACACAGCCGGCAAGAUCAAAGCAGGAGGACGAGCAGGAGGUUACUGAUAAGCAAUCAAGGCCGAGGAAUAAGCCUUUUCAUGUGAAGAGGAUGGCGAGUGCGGGGCUUCAGGCCGACUCGGUGUUGCAAACCAAGGCGGGCCAUUUGAAGGAGUACUACAACUUGGGGAAGGAGCUUGGACACGGGCAGUUUGGGAAGACUUUUCUUUGUGUGGAUAAGGUGACCGGGAAAGAGUACGCCUGCAAAUCCAUCGCUAAGAGGAAGUUGUUGACGAAGGAAGAUGUGGAAGAUGUGAGGAGGGAGAUUCAAAUAAUGCACCAUUUGGCGGGGCUGCCUAAUAUAGUUUCCAUCCGAGGGGCUUAUGAGGAUGCCGUUGCAGUUCAUGUUGUGAUGGAGUUGUGCGCAGGGGGUGAGCUCUUCGAUAGGAUCAUUCAGCAGGGGCAUUUUACGGAAAGAAAGGCAGCACAGCUCACUAGGACUAUAGUUGGUGUCGUAGAAGCCUGUCACUCUUUGGGUGUCAUGCAUUGUGAUCUUAAGCCUGAGAAUUUUCUUUUUGUCAACGAGCAGGAGGAUUCGCCUCUUAAGGCUAUAGAUUUUGGAUUAUCAGUAUUCUUCAAGCCAGGGGAGGUUUUCAGUGACGUCGUUGGAAGUCCAUAUUACGUUGCCCCUGAAAUUUUGUGCAAGCAUUACGGUCCAGAAGCAGAUGUUUGGAGUGCUGGAGUGAUCCUUUACAUUCUUUUAAGUGGCGUGCCUCCAUUUUGGGCCGAAACGGAGAAAGAAAUAUUUGAAGAAGUUUUGCAUGGUGAUCUUAACUUCUCAUCAGAUCCCUGGCCUAAUAUCUCCGAGAGUGCUAAAGAUUUAGUUAGAAAGAUGCUCGUCAGAGACCCAAGAAAGAGGAUAACUGCGCAUGAAAUAUUGUGCCACCCUUGGAUUCAGGUUGAUGGCGUGGCUCCAGACAAGCCUCUUGAUUCUGCAGUCUUGAGUCGCUUAAAACAGUUUUCUGCAAUGAACAAGCUUAAGAAGAUGGCUCUUAGAGUUAUUGCACAGCACCUCUCUGAAGAAGAAAUUGCUGGGUUAAAAGAAAUGUUUAAGGUGAUAGACGCUGACAAUAGUGGUCAAAUUACUUUUGAAGAACUCAAACAUGGACUGGAAAGAUUUGGUGCCAAUCUGAAUGAAUCUGAAAUACACGAUCUUAUGCACGCUGCAGAUGUUGAUAAUAGUGGCACAAUUGAUUAUGAUGAGUUCAUUGCUGCAACAUUGCAUCUAAACAAAAUCGAGAGGGAUCACCUAUUUGCAGCUUUUUCAUAUUUUGAUAAAGAUAGCAGCGGCUAUAUCACUCAAGAUGAGCUUCAACAGGCUUGUGAGGAGUUUGGCAUCGAGGAUUCCCACUUGGAAGAAAUGAUUCGAGAAGUAGAUCAGGAUAAUGACGGAAGAAUAGAUUACGAUGAGUUUGUAGCCAUGAUGGAAAAAGGCAACACCAACUUGGGUAAGAAGGAUCUACAUAGUGGUUUUAGCAUGGGAUUUAGGGAAGCACUUACUGUUUGUUGAUAUAAUUAAGGCCUUCUUUUUUUUAAUCCUUUUUUACCAUGUAACUUCUUCUUCCCAAUGGUUUUGUGAAAAGUAUACGACUCCUAGCUCCUUGUAAGGUCCGAGAAACAUCAGGUGCUUGUAAAUAGUAAAUGCCUGAUCCCUUUCACGUUGAAUUUACUUGACUAAAUGCGUGUUUGAUGGGUUAUA